AUGACAAACUUGACUAGCAUUGUGCCUUCCUUGACUCUCAGUACUUGGCAAAACCCAUUUUUUUCAGCAUUGAAUGGGCGUGGUCAGUUUCAUGGACAACCUGAUAUCAUCCUUAAAGUUGCCACAUCAUUUCGAAUCAGGUCCUUUCAUGUCACAGGAUCUAGUAAUGCUAUGGAACGAGACUACUAUGAAAUUCUUGGCAUCUCUAAUGAUGCUACACCAGAGGACAUUAAGAAAGCAUUCCACAAUCUUGCCAAAAAAUAUCACCCUGAUGCAAAUAAAAAUAGUCCUGCAGCAAAGAGAAAGUUUCAGGAAAUUAGAGAAGCUUAUGAGACAUUGCGUGAUCCUGAUAAAAAAACAAAAUAUGACAUGGGAUUCUCUAAUGGAGCUGAGAGUGUAUCAUAUGGUGGUGAGGAUACGGUCAAGUACAAAAAUGCCUAUCAUGAUCCUUUCUCUGCCACAUUCUACAGAGUUUUUUCAGAGGUUUUUGAAAGUGAACGAGAGACAUAUGCAGCUGACAUACAGGUUGACCUGAAUCUAUCUUUUGAUGAAGCUGCCAAGGGCUGCACAAAGCAGGUUUCCUUGAAGGCACAAGUUCCUUGUGAUUCAUGCAAUGGAAGGGGUCAUCCUGUCAAUGCAAAGUUGUCUAUGUGUCCUAAUUGCAGAGGUACUGGAAAGGUUAUAGUUUUUCCGUUCACAUCCACCUGUGGUCCUUGCAAAGGAUUUGGUAGAAUAAUUAAGGAGCAUUGCAUGUUAUGCAAAGGAGUAGGGGUUGUUGAUGGUGUUAAGAGUGUUUACGUUACCAUUCCUUCAGGUGUUGAUUCUGGUGAUACAAUUAAAGUGCCAAAAGCUGGAAAUCAGGGUAGGCGGGGUGUUCUUCCUGGAGAUCUUCAUAUCAAGCUUCAGGUAGCCAAAAAUCCUAUUUUCAAAAGAGAUGGUGCUGACAUAUAUGUGGACGCCAAUAUUAGUUUCACACAGGCAAUUCUUGGUGGCAAGGCCGAAGUACCAACAUUGUCUGGAAAAGCACAAGUCAAAGAAGCUUCACUAUUUAUAUCUGGAAGGGGAAGAGCAUCUAGUGCCAAUAGAGAUGGAGACAUACCAAAGGGAGUACAGCCAGGCCAACUAUUGGCAUUGAGGGGCAGAGGUCUGCCAAAGCAUAUUGGGUCUUCCAGUCAUGGUGAUCAGUAUGUUAGAUUCCGUGUGCACUUUCCUUUAUCAGUAAAUGAUCGCCAAAGAGAAUUACUGGAGGAAUUUGCUACGGAGGAAGCAAAUCAAGAAAAUUAUGAAUUUACCAAUGGAAAGUGGUGGCGGCAAUUCGUUGAUUAUUUAAAUGGACAUCAGUUCCUGCUUGGAUUUGCGUUUCUCUUGUUGCUCCAAUUGUUGCUGAGCAGAAGUGCGAGCUAAAGAUCUCAUCUGUAGGAUGGAAGAAUCUGCAGCAUGGAAGCUUUUAAGCUUAGACUUUGUUUGGGACAGCUUUCUUAUUACUUCUUAAAAUAUUUUUUUA